AGUUCCCUGUUGCUGUCUUGCCUCUUGACUUAGCAGCAAGAACACCAACGCGCCCAUGGCUGUUCUUGGUGCUACCCUUGCCUUGCUAGUUUGGUUUGUUUUCCUACUCUUUGUCUCAGUAUGGAAGAGGAUUUAUAGCAGUUGGAAACUUCCUCCAGGCCCAUUUCCUCUUCCGAUUGUUGGAAACAUCUUCGACUUGGAUAUUAAAAAUAUUCCAAAAUCUUAUGACAAGCUAGCUAAAGAAUAUGGCCCUGUGUUCACAUUAUAUAUUGGCCCAAAGCGUAUUGUGGUGCUACAUGGAUACAAAGUUGUGAAGGAAGCUCUGCUCGAUCUUAAGAAUGAGUUUGCAGGGAGAGCAGAUAUACCAGUCUUUGAGGCCCAUCAGAAUUAUGGAAUUAUUUUCAACAACUCAGAGACAUGGAAAGACACACGUCGAUUCUCCCUCACGGUCCUCAGGGAUUAUGGAAUGGGGAAGAAGAGCAAUGAAGAAAGAAUUCUGAGGGAAUCUCAGUUCCUGCUCGAGAUACUCAAGAAUACAAAUUCCCAGCCCUUUGAUCCAACCUUUGUCCUCGGUGGUGCUCCCUUAAAUGUCAUCCACGACAUCCUUUUCCACCACCGCCUUGACUAUUCAGACAAGAGAUGUCAGAAGCUGUUACAUAUGUACAAUGAGAUCUUCUACCUUGUAAGCACACCCUGGCUUCAGAUUUACAAUAAUAUAGGAUCUUACUUACGUUACCUGCCUGGAAGUCACUGGACAGUUUUAAAAAAUGUAUCUGAAACAAAACAGUAUGCAUCUGAACGAGUCAAAGAGCACCAAGAAUUACUGGAUCUCAACAACCCUCAGGAUUUUACUGAUUGUUUACUCAUCCAAAUGGAGAAGGACAAAAAGAAUCAAAAGAAUGGAUUUGACCUGGAAAAUGUAACAGUCACUGUGGCAGAUUUACUUUUUGCUGGAACAGAGACAACCAGUACCACUCUGAGAUAUGGACUCUUGAUCCUUUUAAAAUACCCAGAAGUGGAAGAAAAACUUCAUGAAGAAAUUGAUAGAGUGAUUGGAUCAGAACGAAUGCCUUCAAUGAAGGACAAAGUAAACAUGCCUUACACGGAUGCUGUGGUGCAUGAGAUCCUAAGAUUCAUUAAUCUCGUCCCUUCCAACCUGGCCCAUGUAAUGAAUCAAGACAUCCAAUUCAGAGGACAUUUUAUCCCCAAGGGCACAACAGUAUAUCCGACACUGAGCUCUGUCGCUUUGGACAGCAAAGAAUUCCCUAAUCCAGAACAAUUUGACCCAGGACACUUUCUGAAUGAAAAUGGAAAAUUUAAGUACAGUGACUAUUUCAAAGCUUUUUCUGCAGGAAAGCGUGUCUGUGUUGGAGAAGGUCUAGCUCGAAUGGAAUUAUUUUUAUUCAUGAUCAUCAUUUUACAGCAUUUCAAUCUGAAAUCUCUUGUCAGUCCAGAAGAGAUUGAUACCAGCCCAAGGGCUAUUGGUUUUGGCUCUAUCCCACCAAUUUACAAGCUCUGCCUUCUGCCCCGAUCAGAGAUGUGAAGACGGGCUGUUCUGAAUGUGAGGGUUCUUCUUGGAAUUACAUAUUUCUUGUAAAUACACAGUUAAUCUACUUUGAGCUGGAAUAGUACUAUUUAAAAAAGAUUAUUCUGGUUUCUAAUCCUAGACCUUGUGAUAAUAGUUUGUCUCUGUGGUUAACCACCACUCUUCUUGUCAAGUGACCUUUCUUUGUUUUUUUGGAACUCCUAUGUCUGGAAUCUUUCUUGUUGGAAACUCCCAGGUUCCCAGCUAAUAAGCUUCUGACUCUCUGUGACAUCAGAGAUGGAAAGCCAAUUAAAACUUUUAAGACUCUACCAAUCCUUAUAAAAUCUUUGAUUUUCUUCCAUAUGAAGGUGCAAAUCACCUGUGUAUGACAGUCUGGGAGUCUCACUUCUGAAAUGGAUUAUGUUGCUGUCAUAACAUUGGUGCUGGAGCAAGAAGCCACCGAGACGAAGUCCUGAAGAUCAUCACACCCAAUCUUGGACCCUGUGUAUACUGUCAUGUCAGAGCUGGGCUUAUACUUUUGUUUUUCUGGGUGACUGGCUAGAUCUUUGUCCCCUUUUUCUUUUGCCUGCUUUCCUCAUGUUCCCUGAAAAUUUAAAGUUUAGUAUUUUUUUUUCCUUCUGUAAGAUAAAAAUCACCUACAAUAAAGGCCUGGUACUUCUAUUAUUA